AUGGUACCGAUGUGCAAAGCACGUUCUCUUCGCACAUGGAGGCAACCAGCUGCUCGCUCAGAAUCCAGCUGCUCACUUCGUGAUGUACUAUUGCUUGGAUUUAUGUACCUUUGCAUUGUCCUUGGUGCUCCUUCGAGCUUUGCCAUGCCAUUUAAAGCGGGUCAGGAGACAGAGGCCUUCAAAGCCUUGAUGUCUGCUGCCAGGGGGUUGGAGCUUACCUUUGAAGGCAUGGCUUUGAACGGCUCCGCUGUCAGUGAGUUUGACUACGGUGAGGCUGAUUUUGAGGAGGGGCUGGGCCACAUCUCCUCGGCUUGGGCAACUGCAAUGGAAGGGAGAGAGCUCCGAGAGUUGUGUAUCAGCGUAGAGCAUGACUGGGUCAAGGCUGCCUGCGGCUCUGUUAUUCUGACCUUCCUGAUCGACUUUCAGAGAGAUUCUCCCAUUGAGAUGGAGUUCGAGUUCUUUGGUGGGAGCUCGGAUGACAAGAGCUUUCCAGGCGAGUGCAAUUUGUGGGAGCUUGCGGAAGAGCAGCUGAGCCUUGGGCCUGCUGGCUGGAGCCAAGCUGCAAGCCUGCUUCCCUUCGAAGAGCCUUUGAAACAGGAGGACGAGGAGGAGGAGGAGGAGAAGGACGAAGCAUUUCCUCCCUACCCGGAUAUUUACCCCGCAGUUCUUGCUAGGUUUUUCGCCGAGCAUCUGGGUGUGACAAGGCUGACGGGUAUGCGAUAUGCUGGCAGAUGCGAGGAAAUCCUUGGAGGGAGUGUCUGUAAGCGAGGUGAUUUCAGGUUUACAACUGCUUAG